UAAAGUUUGCAUACCCUGAAAUACCCAUACCAACACAUGUGUUGAUAUAUUAAAUUAGUAACAGUUAAUUUAAAAUAUUUUAAUAAAGUUUUAAAAAUAUUUCAUCAAAUGAACAAAAAUGAAUCAGUAAGCAGAUAUGGACCACUUAUUGGUGCAAUUGAUGAAGGAACAAACAGUGUUCGAUUUCUGGUUUUUGCAGCAAACACUGCUGAAGUACUAACGUAUCAUCAAGUUUCAAUAUCCAAGUCAUAUCCGAAAGAAGGAUGGGUUGAACAAAAUCCAAUGGAAAUAUUGGGCGCAGUAGUGGAGUGCUUAAAUAAAACUGUAGAUAAUUUACAUCAGCUUAGUAUAGAUUCGGCUGACAUCAUUGCUAUUGGAAUAGCGAACCAAAGAGAAACAACAAUAGUAUGGGAUUCUAUUACCGGUCAACCUUUGCACAAUGCAAUUGUUUGGAUGGAUAUGCGCACAACAAAUAUUGUGGAUGAAAUAUUAAAAGGAGUUCGAAACAAUAUAAACUAUCUUAAACCUUUAUGUGGCCUUCCAAUUAGUCCUUAUUUUAGUGCGUUAAAACUAAAGUGGUUACUGGAUAAUGAUGCCUCAGUUCAACUUGCUGUGAAGGAGAAACGAUGCAUGUUUGGUACAGUUGAUUCCUGGCUUAUUUGGAAUUUAACAGGAGGCAUCAAUGGUGGCGCCCACAGUACAGAUGUUACUAAUGCAUCUAGAACUAUGUUAAUGAAUAUUUCUACGUUAAAGUGGGAUUCUAAAUUACUGGACUUUUUUAAAAUACCAUUUGAAAUUUUACCACAAAUUCGAAGCUCAUCCGAAAUUUAUGGCCAUAUUCACGAUGGAGUAUUACGAGGUGUGCCGAUUUCAGGGUGCUUAGGUGAUCAACAAUCAGCUUUAGUCGGACAAAUGUGCUUCAGACGGGGUCAAGCGAAAAGUACUUAUGGCACUGGUUGCUUUGUACUUUAUAAUACAGGGACUGCGAUUGUAGAUUCAAACCAUGGUCUAUUGACGACAGUUGCCUAUCAAUUAGGACCUCAAUCACCCCCCAUUUACGCUUUGGAGGGCUCAGUAGCGAUGGCAGGAGAAGUUAUACAGUGGUUGAAGGAAAAGUUAGAAAUCAUUUCCGAUGUAAAGGAGUCUGAAGCUGUUGCAAACCAGUUACCAUUUGAUAAUCGAAUAGUAUUCGUACCUGCAUUUUCCGGAUUAUAUGCACCAUAUUGGCGAAAAGAUGCACGUAGUAUCAUAUGCGGCAUCACUGAGGAAACAACAAGUGCACAAAUAGUGAGAGCAGCUUUACAAGCUAUAUGCUUACAAACAAAGGACAUUUUAGAAUCUAUAAGAAAAGACACCGGAUUAUUAUUAACAAAGUUACUAGUCGAUGGGGCCAUGACUGCCAAUAAUUUAUUAAUGCAAAUGCAAGCUGAUGUAUGUGGUAUCCCAGUAGUGAGGCCUUUGAUGUGUGACACUACAGCUCUUGGUGCUGCAAUCGCCGCAGGCAGAGCAGAAGGCAUUCGUAAAUGGGAUGUGAGAUCCAAUAUCGCAGUACCUAGCGAUUCAUUUUUCCCGUCUAUAUCGGACAACGAACGUGAUAUGCUUUACUCGCAAUGGAAAAUGGCUGUUAAACGAAGUUUAGAAUGGGAGUCUUUAGAAGAGUUACAUGAUGAUAAUGAAGACCUUCACAAGUUAACCGCAACAGGACUUUUUGUAAUUGGAACGAUGAUUGUUCUUAUGGUUGCUAAGUAUCGAUCAAUUACUUGAUUAUAGUUUUUAAAUAGAAGCUAAAUAAUAAAUGAUUAGAUACAUUUAUGUAUUUAAGAAAACAUUUAAAAAUAUUUAAUUUAAAACUAGAUACUCAUAAAAUUUUUAUUAAUUUUACUGUACUACGUUUAUAGUUUAUACCUGUUAAAAGAGAUUGUUAUGAAAUAUAAUUACAUA